GUUACUCUGAACUCCUUUUGCUCCUGUAAGCCCCAUUGCUAAAUUUACUUUGUUGUUGCUUCAGUGUUGCAGCAUCUUUUGUUACUGGUAAGUACAGAUAAGUACCGUUGACAACAAAGUAAAUGAACCGUGGAGGGAAGUGGGAAGUGCUGGGGGAGUGCCACCUGCAUUGGGUUUUUCAAUGUUUGCAGGUCAGAUGCCAAUUGCUGCAGAUAAGUUUUCGGUGACACUGAUUCUUGUAAUUGUAUGUGGGACAUGAGGAAUGCUGAUUUUGCUUGCUCACAUAAUCAAUGACAGAUGCUUAGAUAAUAAGCUUGAUGACAUUUCUUUCACUUUCUGAAAGACCUGCAUCUCCCGAUAUGGGUAGUUUCCUCAAUGCAGGAAACCCUUCACCUCUGCUGUUUGUUUCUCGCUGGCAAACUGUUGUAGGUAUAUAGUUAAAAAAUUGUGCCUGAGUAACACUGGCUCAUCACAGAAAACGGAGAGCUUGCCCUGUUCUCCCUGGUCCUUUCCUGUGAGUCUUUAAAGAGUUUUUGUUAUUUUUAUUAGGUCUCUGUUCCUAAUUAGUACUUUUGUCUUCAGUUGUUGGGGUUUUAAACAUGAUGGUAAGUGUGGGUCUCUUUACACUUCUCACGCUUCACAUUCUACUUGAAUAGUUUCACAAAAAAAAUGGGAUCUGAAGACCAUCCCUGAGCAAAGUUUUCUCUCCUGCCACAUGCCCGAUUGCAACACAAUUGAGGCAAAAUGCCAAAGCUUGCUACUGUUGCUUAAGGAGGCUCUGCAAUGCACAGAGAUCCCAGCAUCCAAAAGGCAUACCCGCACGAACUCUGAUCCUUUGUUGCGUGCCCUGAGAACAGUGAAGAUGUCAGAGCAUACACAAGUGGUGAUGGUUACUGCCAAGGUGUGGGUUCUGAAGAAGCAUUUUGAGGGCUUCCCCAAAACCAGCGACUUCGACCUAAAAAAGAUAGAACUGCCAAACCUAAAGGAUGGAGAGUUGCUGCUUGAAUCAGUGUUUCUCAGUGUUGAUCCUUACAUGAGACCUUACAGUCGAAGGGUCAUGAAGGAAGGGGACAUAAUGAUAGGCACACAGGUUGCCAGGAUUGUAGAAAGCAAGAAUCCUGCUUUCACAGUGGGGGUCUUUGUUGUGGCUAAAAGUGGCUGGAGAACCCAUUUCAUCUCUGAUGGGAAAGACCUACAAGCCCUUCCUUCUGGUUGGCCAGAAUCGCUCCCCAGAUCUCUAGCUCUUGGGACGAUUGGCAUGCCAGGCCUUACUGCAUACUUUGGUCUGCUGGAGGUCUGCAAGAUGAAGCCAGGGGAGACAGUGCUGGUUAAUGCUGCAGCUGGUGCUGUGGGCUCUGUGGUGGGUCAGCUUGCUAAGAUUGGGGGUUGCAAAGUUGUUGGCUGCGCUGGCUCAGAUGACAAGGUUGCCUAUCUGAAAAAAAUAGGCUUUGAUGAAGCCUUUAAUUACAAGACUGUUACAUCUCUGGAUGAAGCACUGCGUAAAGCCUCUCCCGAUGGCUAUGACUGUUUCUUUGACAACGUGGGUGGAGAAUUUGCCAGUGUUGCUAUCAACCAGAUGAAGAAAUAUGGAAGGAUUGCAGUCUGCGGAGCCAUCUCUCAGUACAAUGACACUGUGCCUCAGAAAGGGCCUUAUGUGCAGAUGCCAAUGAUCUUCAAAGAACUUCAAAUGGAAGGGUUUCUUGUGACCAGCUGGAAUAACCGCUGGGAGGAAGGUCUGAAGGCACUGCUAAAGUGGGUCGUGGAGGGAAAAGUGAAGUGCCACGAACAAGUCACUGAAGGAUUUGAGAACAUGCCAGCAGCUUUCAUUGGAAUGUUGAAAGGAGAAAAUCUUGGAAAAGCUGUUGUAAAAGUCUGAAGGUCACAUUCCUGGGGACUGGCAGAGGAGAAUGAUUCUGUUAAGUGCUUUUAACUCAUUGAUCGAAAUGUAUGUUUCAGUCUUUUUGCUGGACAUUUGGCGAUGAUAACUUCUGUUAAUUGGACUAAUAAGUGUAAGUAUAUGUCAGUUGAUUUGCUCUUGAAGAACUUAAGAGCUGCUUCCCAAAGCUACACAAAAAUAUUGCCUUAAAACAGCUGAACUUCAUCAGAGCUUUAACAGAUUUACUAGAAACUUGAACCUUUUCUAUGAGUCGGAAUUGCUUUUUCUUUCUACAGGCCAAAAGCUUUGCCAGCUGAUGGCAUGUAUCAUGACUAUGUUUAACCAUUGAGUUAGCCCAGAACUCAGCAAGAGGGAUUUUUUAAAAUCAAUAUCAUGGAGGUUAACAGGUUAAUAACACCUGGGGGUUCUCAGCUUCCUCUCUGGGUGGCUUUUUUAACUUUCAUCAGGAAAUGUAGGUAUCCUGGUUCUUUUGAGAUUAUGGAAACUAAAAAAAUAAAUCUGUUAAUGA